ACUAAAUGCAUAAAAAAAAAGGCAUCAGAAAAUACAUCACAGAAAUGUGACAAUGAUCGAUCAGUCUAAAAAAAGUUUGUUCCCUAUUCUUCAGGCACCAUCUCAAACUGCAGGCCAUUCAAAAAUAGAGAAUACUCUCCAAUGGCUGGCAGUCAAAAUGAGGAUUGCCAUGAAGCCCUCACGAGAUUGCAUUUCCCCACCCCCCCCUUUCUAUCAGGCAAUGAAUUCUUGAGUGGUUGUGGACUUCUUCCCACGUAUUUGGCGUCGACAGCGUGGAUUACGACGACGCCCGCCCGCCCUUGCCUCACCAGCUUGACUGGAUCUUGUGGAUUUAAGCUUACAUCCCUCCGCUUUACUCUCCUAUCUUUCCUCCCCCACUCCCACGUUUCUGCGCAAACUUCAUGUAAAUUAGCCCUCAACCUCCUCCUCCUCUCUCGGCUCAUUGGCACGUCUUCUUAUCAUCUUCAUUUGAGACCGAGAGGGACGCAGAAGCUCCUCCACCACCCACAUCCAUGUUCUAGUCCACCUAUCUUUCGUACAAGAUUAAUGCAUCAGGGUGAUCUCUAGUUCAUCGGUGUUGGGUGGCCGUGUCUACUUCUCCUCCUCCUCCUCCUCCUCCACCUUUACCUACCUACCUUGGGACUUUGGGCUCUUUCAGAAUAUGUCUUUCAGCGGCACCCUCGACAAAUGCAAGGCAUGCGAGAAGACCGUCCAUUUCAUAGAUCUCUUGUCCGCUGAUGGAGUCAUCUAUCACAAGACCUGCUUCAGAUGCAGCCACUGCAAUGGGACUCUCUCGAUGUGCAACUACUCUUCCAUGGAGGGUGUCCUCUACUGCAAGCCUCAUUUUGAGCAGCUGUUCAAGGAGACAGGCACCUUCACCAAAAAGUUCCCAACAGGGAUAAAGGCUGGAGAGAGGAAUGAACUGUCUAAAACGCCAAGCAAGUUCUCCUCCAUGUUCAGUGGAACUCAGGACAAAUGUGCAAGCUGCAAGAAAACAGCGUACCCCCUGGAGACGCUGACCAUGGAGGGAGAGUCGUACCACAAGACCUGCUUCAAGUGCUCCGUGGGAGGCUGCACCCUCACGCCUUCGUCCUGCGCUGCACUCAACGGCAUACUUUACUGCAAGCACCAUUUUGCUCGGUUGUUCAUGGAGAAGGGAAGCUACAGCCACGUGAUCCAGGCGGCUCUGAUGAAGCAGAACGCGGCCGAGCAGCCCAUCUAAGCCCGCCCGCGCAGGAUCGAGCGAGCGAGCGAGCGAGCGAGAGAGAGAGAAAUAAGAAAGGCUUACUUAUUCCAGGUUCAUUCUGGUUCUUUGUUUUGACUUCUUCACCUGGGACUACUGGUAUCAAGAGGAAUUGAAUUGUGCGCUUUGAUUUCUGAUGUUUUCCUCA